AUGGAUUCGCUGUUGCUGUUCAGUAUGUCUCUCGUGUGGUGCGCUUGUCGAUCCGUGUUCUGUUUCGUUCUGCCCGCCACGAGUCCGUCCAUGGCCCCGGCCUCGGCCCUCGGGAAGACGUCCCGCAGGAUGUCGCUCAUGGACGACGGCACGCUCAAGGAGCCGGUGGUGUUCAAGCUCUGCCUGUACCGCUCCGGCGAGGGGUGGCGCUCCAGAAUGGUGCAGGUGGCGGAGCCGCGGAGGGACAGGGUGUGCCCGGUGGCGGGGGCGGGGCGGUACCAUGAGACGACCAAGGCGAUCACGCUCGGAGGCCCGCGCGGUACGGUCGGCUGGGUCGACCUCUGCCGCAGUAUCCUCGUCCUCAACGUGUUCGACGGAAGUCCCGUGCUCCACGACGUGCCUCUGCCGCCGCCUGCGAGGGGGAACUGGGUAUCUUACGCCUACCACAAGCGCUGCUCCUUCCUGAUCCGUGACAUCACCGUCAGCCGAAGCAAAGACUGCAUCAAGUACAUCGAGAUGGAAACUGCUCUGCCGAGAAAGCAGGAGGUGGUGACCGCUGAGGAGUACCACCCACCUGAGACCUACCUGGAAUGGUUCCACGAGAAGCCACGCCCUCAACCCCGCUGCGCUGGCUGGAGGGCCACCACAUGGAGCAUGCCGGUCCCGAUUCUGUCAUGGGAGGACUGGAGCCCCGGCUGCACCGUCAAUGCCAAUGAAAUCGUCGUCAAGCCAAUGCAUUCCAAGCUGCUGCCUGGCAGUAUCAGUGACAGUGAGCCCACCGAGGUGACGUUGCUGCCAGUCCUCACCACGGCUUUCCCCACAAUGAGUAUGGAUGAUGAUGUUGUGUACCUACUGUCCAAGGCAUGCUCCGCUGGCGAGAUGGAAGUGGUGAUUGCUGUUGACUUGAGGAAGAAGACGCUCCGAGGAGUGGGCAAGGUUGUUGCCGGAAAAGACUUCACUGACAUGCGCAGCCGCACCACCGAGAUCUCCAAGUAUCUCAAUCUGAAUAUGAGUGCAGAAUGACGAACGGAGGCAUCAACAAGAUAUUUGAUGACCAAAACUAGCAGAAAAAAAACUGUUGCGUGGGCAUUUGAAUUAGCUGUUGUAUUUGAUACAAACAAAAGAGAAAGGGGGUAAACGAACUGAGCAGUAGAAAGUGGCAAGGAAAGAAGAAGUAUACUGUAUACAUGUGCCUUUGAGAUCUAAGGUAUUAUUCGCGGAAGACCACACAUUCCAACACUUAAUUGGUGCGAGGUUUCCCUGGAAGCACUCAUUAUGUUUUGAUAUAGUUGCAUCGCAGCGUGGCACUGACGAGAUAAGUAUAUGGGAUGAUUUGUGGUAGUAUAUUUU